CUUUGACAAAUAAUUUCCAUUUCAAACCCUCUCCAUUCAAAAUCAAAUUUCCUUAGUGGAAAAACACAUAACGCCAAAAAAGCAAUAAACACGCAUUACCUCACUGACCCCAUUCUCAUUCCCAUCCUCAAAAAACGCAAUCCAAUUUUCCCCCUCUUUCCAAAACUUGAAUCACACAACAAAAACCUUCAUCACACACACACACACACUCACUCUAUCCAUUCCACCAAAAAAAGCCAUGGAAAAUACCCCUGAAUCUGAGAAACCAAAACCUGAAGGAACUCUCAUUCACGACGGAAAAUACACUCAGUACAACGUCUUAGGCAACGUUUUUGAAGUCUACUCCAAGUACAUUCCUCCUCUUCAACCCGUCGGUCGCGGCGCAUACGGCAUCGUUUGCUGUGCAACGAACUCCGAAACGGAAGAAGGUGUUGCGAUUAAGAAGAUAGGUGACGCGUUUGAUAAUAGGAUUGAUGCGAAGAGAACGCUUAGGGAAAUUAAGCUUCUCUGUCACAUGGAUCAUGAUAAUGUGAUUAAGAUUAAGGAUAUAAUUAAUCCAGCUGAUAAGGAAAAGUUUAAUGAUGUGUAUAUUGUGUAUGAGUUGAUGGAUACUGAUCUGCAUCAGAUUAUACAAUCUAAUCAGGCUCUCACUGAUGAGCACUGUCAGUAUUUUCUAUAUCAACUCUUGAGAGGAUUGAAGUACAUACACUCUGCAAAUGUUUUGCACCGAGAUCUAAAACCAAGCAAUUUACUUCUCAAUGCAAACUGUGAUCUCAAAAUAUGCGACUUUGGGCUUGCCAGAACAACCUCUGAGACAGACUUCAUGACAGAAUAUGUUGUGACUCGUUGGUACAGAGCCCCUGAAUUACUACUGAACUGUUCAGAAUAUACUGCUGCUAUUGAUGUAUGGUCAGUUGGUUGCAUUUUGAUGGAGACAAUUAGAAGGGAGCCUCUAUUUCCUGGUAAAGAUUACGUUCAGCAAUUGGCACUCAUAACUGAGUUGUUAGGUUCACCAAAUGAAGAAGAUCUUGGAUUCCUUAGAAGUGAUAAUGCAAAGAAAUAUGUUAAGCAGCUCCCGCAUGUUGAUAAGCAGCCUUUUGCACAAAGGUUUCCUGAUCUGUCCCCACUGGCAAUUGAUCUCGCUGAGAAAAUGUUGGUUUUCGAUCCCUCCAAACGCAUAACUGUUGAGGAAGCACUGAAUCACCCAUAUAUGUCAAGUCUUCAUGAGAUCAACGAGGAGCCUGUUUGUCCAUCCCCUUUUGUCUUUGAUUUUGAACAGGCGACUCUGGACGAAGAAGACAUAAAGGAUCUCAUAUGGAAGGAAUCUCUGAACUUCAGCCAGGAGCAGAUACUGCAAUAGUCUUGGCACAAUGAUCUUUUAAUUUUAUCCAGAGAUUCUAUGGAAUUUUAUAAUACUGGUUUGGCAUUGGGCUAGAAAGUUUUAAUUCUAGAAAACAUGUUACAGAAGGUUUGUUAGAGGUUUGAAGUUGCAAGAAUGAGUUGUGCAUGUAAUAUGUAGUCAGAGUGAUCAGGAAUGUUUUCCUUUGUUGAUGAGAGGGUAAGGAUUUCUCUUUUCCUUUGUUUUUUGGUGAUUGUUAUACAUAAAAUAGGGGCACAUGCCUCCAAGCCUUUGUCUUUGGCUUCACAGUGUAUAAAUCCGAAUAUAGUAUUAUCCAAAAGUUGUUAAGAUAAGCCACAAUAUAGUGGUUUUUGUUUCCACGUGUUUAA